UGAAAAACUAAUCAGCUGCGGCGGCGGAUACUUAAAUAAAUUUAUUUAGAAUCUCAGUAUGCUGUGUUUAUUAAUUUAAUGUUUUAAUAAUUGUUUAAUAACUUAUUUGUGGAAAAUGUGUAAAAGUAUAUUUUUAUAUACUAUAUUAAAUUAAGUUAAUAUGAGAACAAUAAUAUCGCUUUCCCGCUAUAACCUUCAAAACCGUCUAUGUUUACAAAAAAAAGCAUUUCAUAUUACACAACGAUAUAAAAAUAUCAUAAUGAAGUAUCUAAAUGUUGCUGAAAAAAAUGAUGCGGCAAAAAAUAUCGCACUACAUCUUUCAAGAGGAACGUCUAGACGGCGUGAAGGCUUAUCACAGUACAAUAAAAUUUAUGAAUUUGAUUCAGAAGUAAAUGGACAAAAGUGUCAGAUGGUUAUGACAUCAGUAUCGGGACAUUUGCUAGCUUUAGAAUUUGUGGGAGCUUACAAGAGCUGGAAUUCUUGCAACCCUCUUACUCUAUUUGAUGCACCUGUAUUUAAAUAUUGCCCAGAAAACUAUGAAAAAAUUAAGAAAACUUUGGAGAGAGAGGUGAAAAGUUGUCAAGGGUUAAUAAUAUGGACUGAUUGUGAUAGAGAAGGAGAAAACAUUGGAUUUGAAAUAAUUCAAGUAUGUACUGCAGUGAAAACCAACCUACAGAUAUUUCGUGCGAAAUUUUCUGAAAUCACAGCUGUUUCAGUAAGGAGAGCACUUCAAAAUUUAGAGCAACCUAACAAAAAUAUUAGUGAUGCUGUGGAUGUGAGACAGGAACUGGACCUAAGAAUAGGUGCAGCAUUCACAAGAUUCCAAACACUUCGUCUCCAAAAAGUGUUUCCCAGAAAAUUAGCAGAAAGCUUGGUGAGCUAUGGUUCGUGUCAGUUUCCAACACUCGGAUUUGUGGUUGAGAGGUACAGGGCAGUAGAAAGCUUUGUAGCUGAACAGUUUUGGAAAAUCAAAGUUAACCACACAAUGGACAAUUUAAGUGUAGACUUCACUUGGGAUCGUAUUAGACUUUUUGACAGAGAAGCUUGUCAAGUUUUACAUGAUAUUUGUACAGAAAAUCCCCAAGCUAAGGUUUGUGACGUUAAAACCAAGCCUAAAUCCAAAUGGAGACCACUACCUUUGGACACAGUGGAAUUAGAAAAACUAGCCUCACGAAAAUUGAAAAUUAAUGCAAAGGAAACAAUGAAACUUGCGGAGAAACUGUAUACACAGGGAUUCAUCAGCUACCCCCGUACUGAAACGAAUGAAUUUCCUAAAGAGAUGAACCUCACUCAAUUGGUGGGGUUACAAACCGGUGAUGCUAACUGGGGUGCCUUCGCGCAAAGAAUCUUAGAUAGUGGUGGGCCUGCACCACGUCAAGGCAAUAAAAGUGAUAAAGCUCACCCUCCAAUACAUCCUACUAAAUAUACUAACAGUUUGACGGGUAAUGAACAAAGAUUAUACGAAUUCAUAGUACGCUCAUUCCUUGCGUGCUGUUCCCAGGAUGCCAAAGGCCAAGAAACAACAGUUGUUAUCGAAAUCGCCAGUGAAAAGUUUUCAGCCAAUGGCCUCAUGAUUACAGAGAGGAAUUAUCUCGAAGUAUAUCCCUACGACAAAUGGUCGUCUAAGGAGAUUCAUGUCUAUCAAGCUGGUCAAACAUUCAGUCCAACAAGCAUAGAUAUGCUGGAUGGCAGCACAAGUCCACCGAAUCUCUUAACUGAAGCUGAUCUUAUCGCUUUGAUGGAGAAACAUGGCAUUGGAACUGACGCUACGCACGCGGAACACAUAGAGACAAUAAAGAACCGUUGCUAUGUCGCUUUAGCAGAUGCUAUUCACUUUGUUCCCGGACUUCUGGGUAUGGGACUCGUAGAGGGAUACGACGCAAUGGGCUUGAAUAUAUCCAAACCGCACCUCAGAGCGCAAUUGGAAGCAGACUUGAAAGCCAUAAGCGAAGGAAGAAAGAAUCCACAGCAAGUGUUAGCCGAACAGGUGGCAAAAUACAAAGACGUUUACAUUACAGUUACUGCAGAAGCAAAUAAAAUCGACAACGCACUUGCCGAAAGGUUUAGCGAAAGACCAAACGAAUACAAUCCAAGUAGUGAAAUACUGCCUAUUGAAAUGCCUUCAGCACUAAAAUGUCCAAAAUGUGGCUCUGAUAUGGUAGUGAGGCAGAAGAAGAAUGCCGACGAAUAUUACAUUGGCUGUCUGUCUUACCCUAAUUGCAAAAAUGCAGUUUGGCUUCCAUCUAUAGUGAAAACGCUGACUGUUUUAUCUGAAACUUGUUCAGAGUGUGGCCCUAACUAUAAAAAAAUAAAAUUUGAGUGGAGAAACAAUUCGAUCAGUCAUUUGUACCCUCCUCCUUAUAUUGCCUGUAUAGGGGGAUGCGACACCACUUUGCUAGAAUAUUUAAAAAUUAACCUGGGCAGUGUGAGACUUUUAUCUGAAAACACAAGACCUCGUACCACCAAUCCAACUAGAACAAAUAGCAUGGCUGAUACAAUAACCAGUAAUAAUGUAAGAGAAACGAAUACUAGAAAUGUUAUGCCUGUAGUACAAAAUCAAAGAAGGCCGAAUAACAACCAGAGACAAUUUGUGCCGCCGCCCCCAGGGAACACUUUUCAGAAUUCCACAAACAACACAAGAAUGCCAAUACCAAGACAGAAUAGUCUUCCUGACGACAAUAAUGUUAUGUGCGGGUGCAAUCAACCAGCAAUAUUACUUACUGUUAGGAAACAAAAUGCUAAUUUUGGGAAAAAAUUCUAUAAAUGCUCCAACGCUAGAGAAACAGGUGGUUGCGAUUUCUUCUUGUGGGCGCCUGAAACAUCCGAAGGGAAUUUCGAAACCCCACCACCUUCCAAUGGUUCAUGGGGUAAUGAGACAGUACAAGGUACCAGUAGUAACGAUACUACUAGGGGAUGGGGUAUAACUCCCAGUUUUUCUAGAGAGGAGUACCCCACAAACGAGGAAAACGUUACGUGCAACUGUGGCUUGCCAGGGAAAAAGUUAACGGUUCAGAAAGAAGGUGCAAAUAAAGGACGGCAGUUUUACGGAUGUCCAAAAGAAAUGAGCUCUCGAUGCAAUUUCUUCCAAUGGGGCGAUGAUGGUGGCAGUAGCGGUGGCUCAGAGUGGGGUGUCGGCGGUGCAUCGCGGCCGCGGGGUAGAGGUCGCGGGCGCGGGCGAGGGGGCGGUCGUGGCGAAGGGGGGGAAGGGGGGACGCGCGCGCGACGCUGCGGCAUCUGUCGCGAGGAGGGGCACGUGCGGAGUAACUGUCCUACCAACCGGUAGCCGGUCCAACGUACAAUAAUGACUGCGGGGUGAGGGGGGGACUAGUCAGCGCGCGCGUCCCUCCGGCUUCUGUCGCCAGGAGGGUAACGUGCGGAGUAACUGUACUACCAACCAGUAGCCGGUCCAAC